AUGAGCAAUCAACCACCUUAUCCCCUGCACGAGUCAGUCCUCGACAGAAUCGACCCUGAAUAUGCAGCAUUCUAUAACAAGCACAUCAUCGACAAGCAGCAAGUUCAUCUCCAACCGGUAGAAGCAUCCCGAAGCAGUGGCAUUCUCAUUCCCGGCAGUGGUCCUCUUCAGCCAGUCGCAAGUACAAUCGACUAUGCCAUCAAACGUAAAGAAAGCGAAGGACCUGAUGUCAAGGUUCGAUGCUUCACUCCAAUUGGCGAUAAGCCUGAGAAUGGAUGGCCUGUGUGUAUCUACUACCACGGUGGCGGUUGGGUUCUCGGUACAAUAGAUACCGAGAAUGUUAUUGCGUCGCAUCUGUGUGCAAGAGGGAAAUGUGUCGUCGUGGCUGUUGAUUAUAGGUUGGCACCUGAGAACCCAUUCCCUGCGGCGGUGCAUGAUUCGUGGGAGGCUGUUCUUUGGGUGAUGGACGAGGGUAAAGAGACUCUCGGACUGGACACGUCAAAGCUGGCGACAGGCGGUUCUUCUGCUGGCGCAAACUUGGCAGCCAUCAUGUGUCAACGAGCAGCUGAUCGGGGAUCCCUCAAAUUCUCCCUUCAACUCCUCUCCGUCCCCGUAAUGGACAACACCGCCGAUACCACUAAUAACGUCUCCUGGAAAGAAAACCAGCACUCUCCGGCUCUCCCAGCUCCCAAAAUGCUUUGGUACCGAAACCACUAUCUCCCCAACAAGGCAGACUGGUCCCAUCCGGAAGCCAGUCCGAUCUUCUGGAAGGGAGACUUCUCGAAGCUGCCGCCUGCUUGUUUUGUGGUCGGCGAACUAGAUGUAUUGAGGUCGGAGGGUGAGCAGUUUGCGAAGAAGUUGCAAGACGCGGGUGUCAAGGCGGAGCUGAAUGUUAUGAAGGGCCAGCCACAUCCGUUCAUUGCGAUGGAUGCAGUUCUUGAAGCUGGGUCGAGAGCUAUUACGCUGUUUUGCGAUGCGUUGUAUAAGACCAUGUAUGAGAAAUGGUGA